UUGGACGGUGCCCCAUUCCGCUAUGUGUCCGGCAGCCUGCACUACUUUCGGGUCCCUCGUGUGCUUUGGGCAGACCGGCUUUACAAGAUGCGACUGAGCGGUCUCAACGCUGUCCAGUUUUAUGUGCCCUGGAACUACCAUGAGCCAGAGCCAGGGGUCUAUAACUUUAAUGGCAGCCGGGACCUCGUUGCCUUUCUGAAUGAGGCGUCUAAAGCAAAACUGCUGGUCAUCCUGAGACCAGGACCUUACAUCUGUGCAGAGUGGGAGAUGGGAGGUCUCCCAUCGUGGUUGCUUCGAAAACCUAAAAUUCAUCUGAGAACCUCAGAUCCAGCUGACAACAUGACCAGAAUCUUUAAUCUACUUCGGAAGUAUGAACCCCGUGGCCCAUUGGUGAACUCUGAGUACUACACAGGUUGGCUGGAUUACUGGGGCCAGAAUCAUUCCACGCGGUCUAUUCAAGCUGUAACCAAAGGACUGGAGAACAUGCUCAAAUUGGGAGCCAGUGUGAACAUGUACAUGUUCCAUGGAGGUACCAACUUUGGAUACUGGAAUGGUGCUGAUGACAAGGGACGCUUCCUCCCAAUUACUACCAGCUAUGAUUAUGAUGCACCCAUAUCUGAAGCAGGAGACCCCACACCUAAACUUCUUGCUAUCCGAAAUGUCAUCAGCAAGUUCCAGGAAGUUCCCUUGGGACCGUUACCUCCUCCAAGCCCCAAGAUGACACUGGGACCUUUGACUCUGUACCUGGAUGGAGAUUUGCUGGCUUUCCUAGAUUUUCUCUGCCCUGAAGGACCCAUCCAUUCAGUCUUUCCACUGACCUUUGAGGCUGUCAAGCAGGACCGCGGUUUCAUGUUGUAUCGGACCUAUCUGACCCAUUCCGUUUUUGAGCCAACGCCACUGUGGGUGCCAAAUAAUGGAAUCCAUGACCGUGCCUAUGUUAUGGUGGAUGGGGUGUUCCAAGGUGUUUUAGAACGAAAUAUGAACCACCAAUUGUUUUUGAUGGGGGAAUUGGGAGCUAAAUUGGACAUCCUGUUGGAAAACAUGGGGAGACUCAGUUUCGGAUCUAAUAGCAGCGACUUCAAGGGCCUAUUACAGCCACCCAUUCUGGGGCAAGUAAUCCUUACCGAGUGGAUGAUGUUCCCUCUGAAUGUUGAUAAGCUUGUAAAGUGGUGGUUUCCCCUCCAUUUACGGAAAAGGGCAAAACCUCAAACUCCCUCUGGCCCCAUCUUCUACUCUACAACAUUCCCAGCUGCAGGUCCAAUUGGGGACACAUUUCUCUAUCUACCUGGAUGGACCAAGGGCCAAGUCUGGAUCAAUGGGUUUAACUUGGGCCGGUACUGGACAAAGCAGGGGCCACAAGAGACCCUCUAUGUGCCAAGACCCCUGCUUUUUCCUAGGGGAGGCAUCAACAAAAUCACAGUGUUGGAGUUAGAAAAUGUGCCUCCUGAGCCUCUGAUCGAAUUUCUGGAUAAACCCAUCCUCAAUAGCACAACACAUAAGACAUACAUCUAUUCUCUCUCUGUUGAGGCCCAAAGCGCCUCAGAACCAAUGCAGUUAAGUGGGCACUGAAAGCAAAGGUAACCCUUGGACCUUGGACAUGGAGUGGGCAGGACCCUUUGUUGGCCACAGUGACCCUAAGGAACCAAAGGCCAAAGUGCCUCUGAAUGUAAGUCUGAAUGCAGUCUCUUUGCCAGCCUUUAUUGUGAUUAAAGUUCCAGAGACAGUACCAG